UAAUUGUGCUACGUUAUUUCUAGAUAUCUGCCACUGAGAUAAUGAUAUAACCAGCACCGUAAUACCUGGUUGAAGAUAUUCAAGACAACUGGGCAACCUUACAAGUGCUGUGAUUGUUCAUUUGCUCCUGCGAAGUUCUCAGUUAUUAUCCCUGCUAGCACAGAUCACUUUCCAGAUCAAUCUAACUAAUUUCAGCCGCAGGCGCUCGGGCUCACAGGCCGACGGCCCAAGUGUGACGUUGUAACUAAAAGUUGCUUGUGGUUGAGUUGGCGAGUGGACUGUCAGACAUCGAGUCCAGACCAGGACCAACAACUCUGCCGCAAGUCAUUCUGUCACUAUUCCCAGUUCAAACUUUUUAGUUGCAGCUCGACACGCCCAGAUGCAGCAUACAAACCCUCGCUGCAGGGAGCUCCUCGAUAGCACCUAGCUCUAGCAUGCGCAUGCGCUUGGUCUCCAUUUCCAGUCCACCACUCUUGAGGCUCUCUUCAGCAAAUGGACCAAUUCCCUAGGGCGGCAGCGCGCGACGUCGCUGUCGCGCCUACUUCUGAAAAGUCCAGCCAGCUUCUUAUAAGGGACUACCCCCAUAGAGCCAUUGCCAUUGUCUCAUCCUCGCACGCCUUGAUCUUCAGAUACAGCCCGACCACCAGUGAAGCCAUUGCCGAUGGCUCCCUCACCUCCGUUCCGUCAGCACGACCUCGCGCUAACAGCGAAGGGCUCGUGUCGAAAUGCAUGGUGGAAUUCUCGCCCGUCUCCAAGAACCUCCUGAGCGAUUUCCGACCGUUGACUCCCCGACCGAUAUAUGGAACGCUGGGUCUGAUAUCCAUCGCCCAGGAUGUGUUCUUAUGUGUCGUGACCCAGGCGUCGCGGGUCGCUUCCCUUAGGCCAGGCGAAACCGUCGAGAGAAUAGCAAAUGUGGAGUUAUUUUGCUUGAACAGUCCAGAAUACGACAAUGUCUACCCUAUGAACUCUUGGGAGAGCGAACCUUCCGACUCGUAUGGGCAGAACCUGAACCGCAGGGAGGGCGAGAUCGAGUACCCGUACAAUGAACUCCAGAAGUUGUUGAGCAAUGGGAGCUUUUAUUAUAGCACGGAUUUCGAUCUGACAAACCGGCUUCAGGACAGAUCGGUUGACUCUGACACGUUCGACAUUGAUAAUUUCGACGACUCUUUCCUGUGGAAUUCCUUCAUGAUCAGUCCUCUGGUCCAGUUUAGAUCUCGACUCCUAACGCAUGAACGAGAGGCCCUGGACGCAUCCAGAAUCUUAACUUCUGCCAUCCGUGGUUUUUGUUCGACCAUUACCAUCCCCCAAGCCGCUGCACCCCUGAAAGCGGUAAAGUCGGGUCUUCCAUCAUUCCUAACCGUCAUAUCCCGCUUGUCCUGCAAAAGAGCUGGCACGCGUUUCAACAGUCGUGGCAUAGACGAUGAUGGGCAUGUAGCCAAUUUUGUUGAAACGGAGACAAUCUACUGGAGCCCUUCAGGCGUUCUUUUCUCUUAUGCCCAAGUUCGUGGCUCCGUGCCUGUUUUCUGGGAGCAGAGUGCUGGUCUCAUUCCCGGCCAGCAAAAGAUCACUGUCACGCGAUCAGCCGACGGAACCCAACCGGCGUUCAAUAAACAUUUCGAGGAUCUAGAACAAACUUAUGGCGCAGUUCAUAUAGUCAACCUUUUGAGUGCAUCAAAACCGGGCGAGGCAGAGCUCACGCAGUUAUACCACUACGGCGUCCAGCACUGCUCUCUUAGCCGAAUGGGAGAGAAAGAAUCGUCUCAAGACCACGUUUUACUACGGGAAACCGACUAUGACUUCCACGCAGAAACCAAAACUAUGGGCUACGAAGCUGCCAGAGAGAUCCGCCGGUAUAUCGAACAUUCGGCAGAUGGGUUCGCCUACUACCUGGCAGAAGCUGUUGAUGAUUCAGCCGAGUUCGUACAGGAUCAGACGACGCAUCACCGCGUGGUUGUGGUUCUUCAGCAGGAAGGCAUCUUUCGGACAAACUGCCUCGAUUGUCUAGACAGGACAAAUCUCAUUCAGUCCAUGAUCUCACAGAUGGCCGCCGAGGCAUUCUUGUCCCACCGGGCUGGCUACGCCGCUUCAGACUUCUGGAUGCGUCACUCGACUUUGUGGGCUGAUAAUGGGGAUGCGCUAUCUCGCAUCUACGCCGGAACGGGUGCUCUGAAGUCUUCCUUCACAAGGACAGGCAAGAUGUCCCUGGCUGGCGCUUUUGCAGAUGCGCGUAAAAGUGCAACAAGGUUAUACAUAAAUAAUUUCACCGACAAGGCAAGGCAGAACACCAUUGACAUGUUGUUGGGUCGACUGGUCGGCCAGUCUCCUGUCCAUCUCUUUGAUCCUAUUAGCGACUACGUCUCAACGGAGCUGGGGAAGAGAAGUGCCGAAUUCCUCUCGACUGAAACAAUUAGCAUCUUGGUUGGUACUUUCAAUCUCAAUGGUAAAACCACGGGUAUAAACGAGGAUCUUACUCCGUGGCUUCGGCCAGCAUCGCUUGGCUCAACGCAGCCUGAGAUUGUUGCUGUUGGCUUCCAGGAAAUCGUCGAGUUGAAUGCUCAACAGAUCAUGAACAGCGACCCCACCAGGAAGCAGGCCUGGGAGAAUGCCAUUAAGAGGACUCUGAAUGGUCAUGCCAAACAGACAGGAGGCGAGAAAUAUGUGUUGCUCCGCAGCGGCCAGUUAGUGGGCGCUGCCCUGUGCAUCUUCGUCAGAGCGUCUGUGCUGUCCAAAAUCAAGAACGUUGAAGGCAGCGUCAAGAAAACGGGCAUGUCAGGAAUUGCCGGGAACAAGGGCGCGGUGGCCAUUCGCAUGGAGUAUGCUAACACACAACUGUGCUUCGUCACAGCACAUCUGGCUGCCGGGUUCGCAAACUACGACGAGCGCAACCGGGACUACGCCACUAUUCAUCAUGGUCUGCGCUUCCAAAGAAACCGGGGUAUUGAUGAUCACGAUUCUGUCAUCUGGCUUGGCGACUUCAACUACCGUAUUGGGCUGAGCCAUGAAAGGGCCAUGGACCUGGUUAAGAGACAGGACCUUGAGAAGCUUUACGAAAAUGAUCAGCUCAAUCUUCAGAUGGUGGCGGGGCUUUCAUUCCCCUACUACUCAGAAGCUAGAAUUACCUUCAUGCCAACUUAUAAGUUCGACCUCGGAACGGACAGAUACGACACCUCAGAAAAGGCUCGUAUACCUGCGUGGACGGAUCGAAUCUUGCGCAAAGGGGCUAACGUCAGGCAACUUUCGUACAACUCGGCCCCUCUACGGUUCUCUGACCAUCGGCCGGUCUACGCAACGUUUCGGUGCAUCGUCAACAUUGUCGAUGAAAACACUAAAGAGAAAAUCAGUCGCCAGUUGUAUGAACGUCGGAAAGCCGAAAUUGGACAUAAUGGUGUCAAUCUUGACCUUGACGACUCAGAUGACGAAGACCUGAUUGGGUACGAUGCUAUAGAACCCGGCCUUCCACCAGCUAGCUCAGACCACCAGAGAUGGUGGCUCGAGAAUGGGAAGAUGGCGCAGUCUGGCAUUGUUGCACCUAAGUCUACCAGUAGUUCCAUGACGGUGCUCAACCCCAGCCGUCCUUCAAAUCCCUUCUCUCCAACGGACGAGCCAGACUGGGUUGCGGUACCCAGAGCUGGCUCGAGACUAGGAUCCUUUUCCUCGAGCAUCUCCAGUUCUCCAUAUGAACAUAUCAAUCACUCUACGCUGCUGUCAACCUCGGCAUCAAGCUCUGUACCGAGGAAGGCAUUACCAAAUCCUUACGAUCCGGCAGGCCUACCCGCCAAGGUCGGGCGGCUCAAUUUGAUGGAUGAGCCAAACCCUGGGCAGUGUCAGCAAAGUCAGCAAAGACACGAGACACCCCCACCCCCCCUCGACGCCAAACGGGGGGCACGGUAGAAAUGCCACAGCGAAAACCGACAGCAAACACCCAGUUGAGCAUGGGAACACCAGUGCUGAAACCAACACCCCCUCCGCCGCAAUCGCGGUCUGUGUCUAUAUCCUCGCAAGUCUCGGGCAAGUCCAAGGCGCCUCCGCCCGUCGCGAAGAAACCAUCACAUCUCGCCUCAACAUCGCCCCUGACUAGCCCAUCUUUUCAUCAUGACACUCAUUUUGAUAACUCGUCAUUCACACCAGAGCUGCCGCGGCGAGC